AACCAUUUAUUCUUUGAGUUCUUCCCUGUGAAAUCAGAGAUAGAUCUCCCCUGCAGCUGCUUGACUAAAUAUGUUUCUAUUAUAUCAUUACAUAGUCUCUGCCUUAAUCUUUGGAAUUUACACUGGUUGCUGUACAUGUUUUCCUUUCCUGAAUGUAUCUAUCUAGACUAAUAAACCCCUUUCUCUGUUCAUUUACUUUCUAUAGGUUCAUGUUGGAACGCAGAGCACUCGAGAUGAAAUACUACACAGUUGCGACUGGCAAUACUUUGGAUUCUCAUAUUCAGUUUAUAAGACAACUCAACAACACCACAAGAUGUUUUACGGAAGUCGAGUUGCUGGUGGAGAGUGAUGUCAUCAUGGCUUUCUGUCCCAUCGUCUCCCGCGCCGGGACUGAUAUUGAAGCAGCACUGCAACAGAUUCAAACUGGUAAAGAUGUCAUUCUGGUAGUGCUGCAUCACACCUUCAACCCAGACUACACUGUACCUGACAGCAGCAGACUAGUGACCAGAAGUGAUGUAAUACUCACAGUGGACUGUCUGUUCCAUGAGAGCCAGGGAGGACUACUGGAGUGUCCUCACAAUGAUGCAGCAGUCAGCAGGAUUCUGAGGAAGCUGAACAUACAGCCAAAGGUAGCUAACCCUAAUUCAAGGUUCAGGGAGGACCACUCUCCCCAUUCUCCCUGCAACAGCCUCUGCUGUAUGGUUACAACCAUGUUCAAUAACUGUCAAUCAAUAACUUUAAAUAGCACAAAAUGCUAAACCAUAUAGUUAACCAAAGUAUUUUAUUACACAGGGUCUGAUAGUCUAAGAGAAAAUAAAUGGUUGUGGUAUAGCCAUCACUAGCACAUUAGAGGCUGCUGCCUAUUAUACAUAGACUAGAAA